AUGGCGAAGCCAAUACCGCUGUCGUCGCUCCGCGUCUCCCGUCACUACAUCCCGGCGUGGAACAUGAUACCCAACACAAGCAUACAGAACCGGCCCCUCCUCAUCUACCACAGUGUCUUCCCAUCCGGAACAAGCCCCAGCGCGAUCGAAACGCAUUUAUCCCGCGUGGGCGCCGUGGCGCCGCAGUGGCGCUUCACCAUGUACGACACAACUCACUUCCACAGCAACACGCACGAGGUGCUAUGCGUGACGCACGGCCGCGCGCGCCUCUGCUUCGGCGGCGAGGAUAACCCGGGGCGUUUAGAGCCGGUCGUCGAGGGCGGCGACGUCGUCGUCGUCCCGGCUGGCGUCGGGCACCGGCUGCUCGAGGACAUGGGGCCGCAGGGCUUCCAAAUGGUGGGCAGCUACCCUGUCGGCGCGCCGGCGUGGGACAUGUGCUACGGAAGAGGCGGCGAGGAAACGAGGCUCGAGGGCAUCAGGAAGCUCGGUUGGUUCGAUAGGGACCCUAUCUACGGCGACGAGUGGCCUGUCCUGGAUGCGGAGACACAACAAGGGGGGCAGGUUGGUUGA